AUUAAAUAAAUGAAAGCGUUCAUCACAUUGUCUCUUUUGUAUUUGACAUUAGCCAACUAAGGAAUUUUGUCAGCAACUGGAGAAUCUGUACAUGCAUUCCAAUCAGUUAUUGUGGGUUUAUCAGAAGUGGCAUCGAAAGAUUUCAAUUUCCAAUAACUAUUCGUUGCUCUUGAUGAAUUGGCUGAAUCCUUCAAGGCAAGAAAGAACGAAGAAAACGCAUUCUACGAAUAAGAAUAUCAAUAAUAUCAAGCAGAUGUUCAAUACUAUUAAAAUCAAAUAACAGACUUCAAAAACAAGAUUGCCUAAUUGGAAGUCGACGUUAAAGACUUGACAGAUGAAAGAGGCAGAUUACAAUAACUUUUGACAGAGGCUAAAUAAGAUCUAUACGAUGCAACCAAAUUAUUCAAUGCCAAAGAGGCCUAAAUCAAUUCAGACAAGUCAGUCUUCACCAGAUAGUUCAACGAAUAUGCUGACACCAUUGCAGUUUUAGAUUAAGCUAUUGCAUUGUUGAAUGAAGUCAAAGACGAAACUUCACUCUUGUAAAAGGCAGAAAACAUAAAGGAUGUUUCUUAAAAGAUGCAUAACCAUCUUAAAUAAUUAUCUUCAAAGAGAGUGUUUUAUUAACCAUUGGUUAAGGCAUUGACACAAAUUGCUCAAAACAAUUAUGUCGAUUAAGAGAACUUAAACCAAAGUCAUCAACUAUAUGAAUCAAUUAAGACAAUCUUUGAUUGAUGGACAAACCUCAUUAC